AUAUUAAUUUUUUCUUAAUAUGAAAGACUUACCUUUUACUUUAGAUCAAUUAAAAAUUUUAAAGGCAAUAGUCUCUGAAGGAAGUUUUAAAAGUGCCGCGGAAACUUUAUAUAUUUCUCAACCCGCAGUUAGUUUACACAUUCAAAAUAUAGAACGUCAAUUAAAUGUUUCUUUAUUUGAUAGAGGAGGACGUCAAACUAAAUUAACUAAAGCUGGAUCACUAAUUUUGUCAUAUGGGAGUAAAAUUUUAUCUUUAUGUGAAGAAACUUGUAGAGCAGUUGAAGAUUUAAGGAAUCUUCAUACAGGAACUCUAGUUAUUGGUGCAAGUCAAACACUAGGAACUUAUUUAAUGCCACGCCUUAUAGGAAUUUUUAGGCAACGUUAUCCACAAGUAUCCCUACAAUUGCAAGUACAUUCUACUCGUAAAAUUGCUUGGAGUAUUGCUAAUGGUCAAAUUGACUUAGCUCUUGUUGGUGGAGAAGUCCCAGAUGAGCUAAAAUCAACAUUAGAAGUUUAUUCAUAUGGUGAAGAUGAAUUAGCAUUAAUUUUACCUAAGUCUCAUCCUUUUGUAAAAAUGGAUACUAUUAAUAAGGAAGAUUUAUAUAGAUUACGUUUUAUAUCUUUAGAUAGUCAGUCUACCAUUAGAAAAGUAAUAGAUAAAACACUAGAAAAACAUUAUAUUGAUACAAGUAAAUUUAAAAUUGAAAUGGAACUAAAUUCAAUUGAGGCUAUAAAAAAUGCUGUUCAAUCUGGUCUUGGAGCUUCAUUUGUAUCAAGUUCUGCAAUUGCUAAAGAAUUAGAAUUAGGUAUACUUCACUGGGCAAAGAUUGAAAAUAUAACAAUAAAAAGAAAUUUAUCAAUUUUGAUUAAUCCAUUUCGCUAUAAAUCUAAAGCUACUGAAAUUUUCCUAAAGGAAAUGCUUGCUUUAUUUAAUAAUAAAAUUUCUUCCAGAUAUAAUAAAUAACUUGUAAAUUAUCUAUAAAACUAUAUAGUCCAUG